AUACAGGCAGACAACAUGGGGAAGGGUUUCUUUAUCAGUAGAGCUGUUGGGAUAGUGGCUAUCAUCCUGUGUGCAGGGGCACUGGCAACUAUCAUAGCUCUGUCUGUUGUUUACUCACAGGAAAAGGCUAAAAACAACAAUCAUGUCUCACCAACAAAUGCAGGAACAACCAAACCCCCCACUACAACGCCUACGUCGCCUACGUCGCCUGCCCCAUCCAAUGAACCCUGGGACAAGUAUCGCCUUCCCAAGAGCCUGGUGCCGGACCACUAUAAUGUCACCCUGUGGCCACGACUGACUCGAAAUGAGACAACUGGACUCUUCAUCUUUACUGGUGAUUCCAGUGUGGAGUUUGAGUGUGCUGAGGAGACUGACCUGAUUCUUAUCCACUCUAAUAAGCUGAACUACACCACACUUGAGAAUGGCCAACUGGCGAAUCUCAUCGCAGUUACUGGUGGAGUCAAAGCUCCCUCAAUCAAGUCUUCCUGGCUCCAGCCUGUGACUCAGUACCUGGUCCUACAGCUGGACGGUAAACUCAUGAAGGGCCACAGGUACCACCUCCACACUAUCUUUACUGGAGAGCUGGCUGAUGACCUGGGAGGCUUCUAUAGAAGCGAAUACAAGGAGGAUGGAGUGGAUAAGGUUGUUGCUACAACUCAGAUGCAGCCAACAGAUGCCAGGAAGGCUUUCCCUUGUUUUGAUGAGCCAGCUAUGAAAGCCAUUUUCCAUGUCACUCUUAUCCACGACCAUGGAACCGUAGCCCUGUCCAAUGGCAUGGAAAAAGAAUCAAACAACGUCACUAUUGACGGCCAUAGUGUGCAGAAGACGGUCUUUGAGCCAACGGAGAAAAUGUCCACCUACCUACUGGCAUUCAUUGUCAGCGACUAUAGCUUCAUCCAUAACACCAUUGAUGGAGUUUUGAUCCGUAUCUUUGCUCGGAGGCCUGCUAUUGCUGCUGGACAAGGACAGUAUGCCCUCAACAAAACUGGACCAAUCCUUAAGUUCUUUGAGCAGUAUUACAAUUCCAGCUACCCUCUGCCCAAAUCUGAUCAGAUCGCUCUACCAGACUUUAAUGCUGGAGCCAUGGAGAACUGGGGUCUGAUCACAUACAGGGAGACAGCACUGCUCUAUGAUGAAACAUUCUCCUCCAACUCCAACAAGCAAAGGAUUGCUACCAUCAUCGCUCAUGAACUGGCUCACAUGUGGUUUGGUAAUCUGGUGACCCUAAGGUGGUGGAAUGACUUGUGGCUGAACGAAGGCUUUGCGUCUUACGUUGAGUACCUGGGAGCACAUGAGGCUGAACCCGACUGGAAUGUGAAAGACCUUAUCGUGCUCAGUGAUGUCCACAGGGUGUUUGCUGUUGAUGCCCUGGCCUCCUCUCACCCUCUGUCCUCUAAUGAAGAGGACAUCCAGAGACCGGCACAGAUCAGUGAGCUGUUUGAUGCCAUUUCAUACAGCAAGGGUGCAUCUGUUCUGAGAAUGUUGUCGGACUUCCUGACUGAAGAAGUCUUCAGAAUGGGACUCAGGACCUACCUGGCUGAAUUUGCGUUUGGGAAUGCAGUGUACACCGACCUGUGGAAGCAUUUGCAAAUGGCUGUCGAUGCUAAUGGCACUCAAUUACCUGACACUGUCCACAACAUCAUGAACACCUGGGUGCUGCAGAUGGGCUUCCCUGUGGUUACCAUAAAUACCAACACUGGGGUCAUAACCCAGAAACACUUUCUCCUGGAUCCAGACUCUGUCGUCACAACUCCAUCUCUCUUCAACUAUGAAUGGAUUGUUCCAAUCAGGUGGAUGAAGACUGGAGUUACACAGGCACCACAGUGGCUAACGGAAACAUCAGUCACAAAUGAUGCGAUGAAGACAUCAGGGAAUGACUGGGUGCUGGCCAACCUCAAUGUUGUGGGUUACUACAGAGUCAACUAUGAUCAAGAAAACUGGGACAGACUGCUGAAUGCUCUGAAUAACAGUCAUGAGCUUAUUCCAGUGAUCAACAGAGCUCAGUUGGUGGAUGAUGCCUUCAACCUGGCCAGAGCAGAGAUCAUCCCUACAGUGCUGGCCCUCAGCACCACCAAGUACCUGAACAAAGAGAGAGAGUAUAUGCCCUGGGAGUCAUCUCUGAGCAACCUGGACUUCUUCUACCUCAUGUUUGACCGCAGCGAGGUUUAUGGUCCCAUGCAGGAUUAUCUGAGGAAACAGGUCACCCCUCUGUUUGAAUACUACAAGACGCUGACUGACAACUGGAGCAAAGUACCUGAUGGACACAUGGACCAGUAUAAUCAGGUGAAUGCUAUCAGCCUCGCUUGCAGGACAGGCCUCGAGGAAUGCCAAAAUCUAACCAAGACAUGGUUCAAUCAGUGGAUGGACACAAAUAACAACAGGAUCCACCCCAACCUGCGGUCCACUGUGUACUGUAACGCCAUUGCAGCAGGUGGCUCUAAAGAGUGGGAGUUUGCCUGGUCACAGUUUCAGAAUGCCACCAUUGCUAUUGAAGCUGACAAACUCCGCUCUGCCCUGGCCUGCACAAAGGAACCGUGGCUGCUCAACAGGUACCUGGAGUACACUCUGGAUCCAAACAUGAUCCGAAAGCAGGAUGCUACCUCCACCAUUGUCUACAUUGCCAACAACGUGAUUGGUCAGUCUCUGGCGUGGGACUUCGUCAGGGCUCGGUGGUCAUACAUUUUCACACAGUACGGUGGUGGCUCGUUCUCCUUCUCCAACCUCAUCAAUGGAGUCACAAAGCGCUUUUCCACGGAAUUUGAGCUUCAACAGCUGAAACAGUUUAAGACAGACAACGCUGAGGUCGGGUUCGGCUCCGGUACCCUGGCAGUGGAUCAGUCCAUAGAGAAAACCACCGCCAAUAUAAAAUGGAUUUCAGAGAACAAGAAGAAUGUUCUGGACUGGUUCACAGCUGAAGCAAAGUCCUAA